AUGAGCUCUCCUGAUGAGGUGUCGGUUCGGGGAAGCGGGUUUGGGCCAGAAAGCGGGGAGCACUCGGAAGGACGCCGCCGCUUUAGCCAUGGAUCCCCGAGGAGACAUGGCCUCGGCCCUGACGAGAGGUUGUUCCGGAGCAGUGAGGACAAAACGUGUCUCCCAGUCUCCAAGACCUUCCCGUAUGACUCCUGGUUAGACAGGGAUGAGAUGGAGGGAAGGUCGGUCAUCUGGGGCUGCGAAGGUCGCCCCGGCACCCCAGUGGAUGAGAGAGGGGACAGUUUGGACUUUGUACCGCAGCUGACAAUAGAGGGUACAAGCUUCGGGCAGCAUGUAGCCAACCGGGAGGCCUGGGGUGUCCGCAGACAUCCGUCCCCAAAAAGCUGCGCUGCUGAGCCCCUUGGCAUUUGGGGAGACUCAGACGCAGGCACAAGCCGGAGAGGCAUGCGGCCCCCGACCUCUGUGGAAGGGAAGCAGUUAUCAGCUAGCCAACAGCACCCCAGGGGUCUGGGGCGGGGCAGGGCCUGGGUGACCCCAAGAAGAGGAGCCACAAGUAGGAUAAUAGCCAGUGAGGAUUUUCAGUAUCUGUCUUCCGACCCCGAGUCUUCUGAUGAAUUCAGUGAGACAGAAAUGAUGAGGGUGACCAUUUGCCUCAAAGAAGGAGGCCAGGCCAAGUCCACUGGCCUCACUGAGCUGGAAGACACAGGCAGACGCACGAAUGUCCAUGGCAGGGGAAGUUUUGACCAUAUGCCCCCCUCUCUGCUGGUCACUACUCCGCGAGGACUCAGCUCAGGCAUGGAGAAGCAGGCUUUGGGAGAGCUGGAAGGCUCUCUGUCGAAGAAAAAGCAAAGUGGGGUCUUGGGAAAAGAAGGGAGCAGACCCAGCUACCCAGGAGCUGCCGUUGCCUCCUCUGCUGCUGUCCCUGCCCCUGUUGCUAUUGCUUCAGGUGCCUCCCCGACCAAGACCAGUCCUAGAAAGAAGGGAGUAAAGGAGAAGCCGACUCACUGGGAUACCUCAAGAGGAUCCCUGGGAAGAACCUUUCCAUCAUGGGGACAGAGACUCAAGUCAGCUCCUGUAGAACCAGCUACUUUCCCCCCAAUCUCCGGGGUUGCCCUGCUUGGGAAGGCCAGUAAAUGCUCACUGCCUUCUGGACCCAAAGAAUGCAAGCCUUUCUGCACUGGGAAGAGAUCCAUAGUAAGGAAGACAAAGGAAUCCCAGCCAGGGGCCAAAGAAGAUAAUGACCCAACCAGAGAUCCUGGCCUGCAGGCCCAACUUCCAACACACAGGGCAGAGCAGCCUUGCACGUGCACGCAUCGUGGAGAAAUGAGCAGUGGAGACCCCAACACCAGAGCACCCCAAGUUGUGGGAAACUCUCAGGUCUUGUCCUUGAGCCAGAGAAGUGCCAGACCUAGAGCACCUGCACCGGCUGGUGAACAGGAACCAUCUCUCCAUCUCCCAUUCACGGCUGGAGAGAGGCAGAAUCAAACACCAGUAACAAUGGGUUGCCAACAGUGUCUGAUGCUACGGAAGGAAAUAGAGGAACUCAAGGAACAACUAGCCAUCAUGCAGGCCCUCAACGAAAAGUUCCAGGAUCUUUGA